AUGAAAACUCGCUGCAUGACAGUUUGCCAAAAUGCCGACAGGUCAGUUGUUGUUUAAGUACAAUAUUGUUUCGUCGGUGUUUAGCUUAGCUGAUUGUACCUUAGAAAAGCAACUCUCGACUCAGGAAAAUUGGUUGUAGGUCUAGUUUCAGCGGGCUCUAAUGGCAUUGCACCAUACGCCGGUUUUUGCAGACAAGAAGGGGAUAAUUUGUGCACUAUGUUUCAUUCAGUUUGUAGUCUAUUCUAUGCGGAAUCCUGUUGUUUAUCGGGCCGCGAAAAAAGUAGUGUUUUGCUAACUAUUUAAGUUGUUAUGUAAGCCUUACCCAGGCGCUCUUUCGCUGCAGCUCACUCAACUUAAAAAUUUCUAGACUGAAAUGACACCGGUUUGAAACUUCGCGAAGUCAGUUAACCGUAUAAAUGUUCUAAAACUUGCGUCAUUCUAAAUUUGGAAUCGUUGGAAUGCUUCUAGGGACCAUUAACGUACUGCCCGGCGUCAUAUAAAGCCUUUUAAUCGGCCUUUGAAUGAGUUUUGUUGUUUUAAAUUGCCAAGUAGUAGAAUGAGUUGAUAUUUUCGCUAACCCGGUUUUCAGAAUUCAGGUAUAAAUAUAAAUUAAAGAAUUAUCACAGCAAAGUCAUGGAUGGAUUCGGAAAAAAACAUUCCUUUUUUUCGUUCAAUAGACUCUCACUCAACUGUUUAAAUGUUCACAGCUCUGCAACACUCGCGUGGCAAAACGGUUCCUCUGAGCGUUUCUGAGCGCUUUAUUGGGGUACAUAAUAGUUGGCAAGACCGCAUGACGUUUUUCGUAUCGCAGGCGCAACCUGGUCUUGGUCGUUGUUAUCUGUGGGCGCUGCUUUGUUUGUGAAUCACUAGGUACGGUGCUUCGUGUUCAGUUGUGUUAAGCAAAAUCAACAUGAAGUCAGUGCUUUUCUUCGCUUUAGGGGUCUUCGCAGUCUUUCAAACAGGUUAGUUUUAAUUAAAGUUUUAAAGGUUUUAAAUAAGAACUCAGUAAUUCUCUAGAACACGUUUUAAAACCAAAUGCGAUAUUCGUAAAUGGCCAAUUUCUGGUAAAAAAUAGCCAUUUCAGCAGUGUUUUUUCCGCAUUUGAUGUAGUAGGCUUAAAAAGAGGUAUUAUCUAGAAUGAAAAUUCAAAAUGUUACCAUGCACAGGACUGGUUCGGUAAUAUAUUCCUUUUUUAAUGCAGAUCGUGCCGAGGGCAGGUGAGGCGAGAGAAAAAAAAAACCGAUUGUCCGUUUUCCAUAAUGAGUUCGUUCUGACCAGGGGGUUCAAAAAUGUCGUUGAGCUGUCAAAAAUCUAUUCACAACUCUGUCCUCUCUGUAAAUUUGAUACAUCCGGUGAUUGAUUUCGCGAGAAAACACAGGGUCCAGAGGAGUUUCGUGUGAAUAAAUCAAUUACUUAUUUAAAGUCUCACCUUGAAAAAUGUCUGUACCUGUCACUUAGCACGAUUAAUUAGCCCAAUGGGAUCUUUAUAAAUCUACUGUAAACGAUUUCUCCGCUUCUUAUCUGACCCAGAUCGACUUUUGAAAAUGAAUGACCGCAAGCCAUAUCCUCGCUGGCGCAAGGCACGUCGCUCGAAGGGUGACCGAAGGGCGACCGAGGCACGAAGUGCCGAGUAAAAGAAAGUAAUAUAUAGAUUUAGCCAAGGCUAAAAGCGAAGCUCACUUUAAUAAAUUAAUAAUUUAAAUAAAACAAUAAACAUUAAUCAGUUAACUUUAAGGUAGAUUCAUGAGACUUUUGAGGGAAAGUGAUUCCUUAGAGAAGAAUAAUUUGACAGUCCAAGAGUGAAACAAAUUUUACAUCGAGUUAAUAGUCUCAUAUGUACACCGAAAAAUAGCAAUCUUCUUCGAUCACAGUAGAUUAGGCCAAGAAAACAAAUUCUUCCCAAACAAAAGAAGUUAAGCCCAGUCACCCAACUACGUAUACACUGCCUUUAUUUUAUAAGGUUAAUUCAUAGUUUCUCCAACCACUCCGUUGGAGAUCGUAGAGACUGUGGAGAUAAUUGGAUAUCUCCGAAACAUAAUUUUAAGCAACACACGAGAGUCGUCGGUUGCAGGCCUAGGGGCCCUGUUGCAGCCAAUUUACACGUUGCAUUCCUCUGUCUAAAUGGAAGGCCAAAAGAGAAAAAAAAAUCAGGCCGGUCUUUUUGUGUUUCGAAAAAGAUUUGUGUUCUACAGGUUUACUCUACAAGUAACUCUUGGCGACAAAUCUGGUGGUGUGUAAACCAGUAUUUUAAAUAUACCUUUUAUCAGCGUUUUUAUACAUAGAAUCUGAUGAAAACAGUGCUAUGCGCGCCUGUGUGCCCGUUUUUGAUCAUACAGACCUCGUUUUUCCUGGCCCUAUUUAAACCUAUAAUUCUGCAGUUUUUCACAAUUUUGCAAGAGAAAUUGCGCUCAUUCAAUAUCCAGGACGAUCGAAGCGCACGCUUCCUUUGAGCAAAAAAUUAUAGAAUUGACCACAUUAUAAAACGUUUUCAUUAAGGGAAUUUUCCAAUAAUACCGGGACUGUUUAGUCGGAAAAAUCUGUUCCUAUGUGAUAUGUAGGGUAAUAAUAAUGGGCUUUUAGUAAGAACGAUCAAAAAAUUGUCAAGCACCAAAUUUGCAGUCCGAGCUGUCGGAGCUGUUUGAAUGAACAUUUAAGCUUCAACUUGAUAGAGAACUUACUAUGUUUAGGUUUUAUUUCCCUUUAUUUAUGGUUUUGUUAUGUGAUAUUUACGCGCAGCAUUAUGAGUACUCCUGCGUGCGAUGUUUUGUUAUAUGUUCGACUGAAAACAACCUGCGCAGCGAUUAAAUUGAGAAAGAGACUGUUAACAAUCAGUAAAAUAAAUAUAACUCGGUGAAACAUGUACACAGACAACAAUUUUCAUUCACGACGAUAAGUUUUGAGAGUAAGUGUCUCUGAAAAUCAUGAGCAUAAGCUCAUAAACUUCAAAAACCUUGCGGAUUUAAGCCGGCUUCCCGGGGUUUACUUCAAGAUUAACCGCGAGGCAAUAAUAUCGCUCAGAGCUUUCUUUUUACAGCCAAAAGCAUAACUCAAUACAUCGCAUUCCUCGCAACGUUUUCUUUGAAUUUGUGGUCAGAAAAUGUUAAGACUUUUUAAAAAUCUGUAAGGUUAUGUCAAAUCUGAUGCUAUUGUAGAUCAUUGUCUUGUGCAUAAACUAGGCGCAGAAACUACGCUCGACUUUAGGAAACCAGAAAAAAAAAAUACAUGAAAUGCAAUAAUAACUCAGGCUUACCAGUCAAGAUGCUCCUGAAGGCCAUCAGAAUCGCUUGAGACUUUUUUGAACCUUCUUUAUAAUUCGCAUCAAGCAAGGGGAAGUGAGUAAAAGCGAUCCAUCCGAAAUCGGAUUUCCGAUGACUUUGACAAGCGGCUCAUUUCUCAACCAAAAACCCAAUAAACAAACUGAGCCAUGAAUAACUUAAGAAUCGUGCUAGCAUCUGUAUUUCAUUUUGUACAUCCAGUAGAAAAAGACAGUUAAAAGCUUCACAACGUUUAUACAAAAAACUCUGUCAGCUUCAGCUUUCAAAGUAAACAAGUUUCAAGAUGCUGCAUAAAUUUUCCUCAUGAACUCACCUGUCAACUUUUGACCAAUCAGAACAUAAAAAUUGGACGUAGAGCGUGACCAACGCGUUACCAUGGUCAGAGAGGUCAAAAGCAACUUCCCUGUCUGUAAAAGCUGGCUGAGUUCUCGCGUCCGAGGUUAGUUUGAAAUUAAAAGUUUUAAUAGUGCGACUCAUAAACACAACUUCCUAUUUCCUAUGCGUUAAAAAAAUUGAACUUGAGCCUGGAUCAUUUGAAAAGUAGUAACUUGUCAGCGGAUAACUUCAAAAAAACUCGAACUAAGUGGGCUGAUACCUGAGCCCGCGAUACGGUCAGGUGAUGAUGGUCAGCGGAUGCUGUAGUUUGACAGCUGUCAAUUGAACUUCAUUAGAAUGGCGAAUUUUCAAAUACGUACUGUUGACUGCGAGUGUUAGUCUGCGGGGUUGUAAUGGAGGGUUAAUGGGGCGAAAUGUCGUGUAUUUGAGCCCACGUUGUUAGUGAUCUGAUAGUGGUCUUCACCUGGCCCAUUUUGACAGCUGUCAAUUGACCUUAAUUUGGCUAGUGCGUAUAACUUUAAACUGACAGCCCUGGCCAAAGUUUCAUUUCAUUUUCAUUUUUAUGUUGGUGUGACAUAUUACAUCAGCUUAUAUGUAGGGAAAACGACUGAUCUUUCAUCUGAGCCCGCGAGAUGGUCAUGUGAUUACUGUCAGCGGAUGUCUGGUUUUGACAGCUGCCAAUUCAUCCUCAUACGAGAAAGCUUACAAAGUGUCAAUUUCUCCAAGAUGUGACAUUUGACAUCAGCUUACAUGAAGUGUGUGUACGGGUGGGCGUACGCUACGUCAUAACCAAAUUUUCUCGGAUGGAUAGUUUACCACAUUUUCUUACCCAUGGUGCUCCGCAAGCGCGCGCUUCGCGCGCGCGAGAGCUCCGCUAAAAGUAUUUUAUUUUAUUAUUUUUUUUAUCUUGCGAGCCCUCAGUCUCUUGGUUUGCGGUCUAUAGAAUGUGUAACGAAACUGUAACGCGAUCAAAAUAACCCAUUUUUUCAGAGGUUUUCGACGGGUUUUGAUGUUCUAACGACAAACCCAUCUCCCCUGGACCCUGUGAGAAAAUAGCGAAAGCAGUCUUAAGCGUUGUUUCCGUGUACAAUGUAGUAUUUCCUGCAAGAUCAAACAUGAGUGGAUGGAAGUGGCAGUGCGCCGAUAAAGCAGACAAAGCCUGUUCCUGCUUCUCGAGGGGGCGAAAGCCGAGCCGAGCGCUUCAGAUAAUUGUAGAAUGUGCAGCUGUUGUUUCAAAACACAGUUCGGCAAUUUUAAGAGUGGAUGGAUAAGCUCUGCAAAUAUAUUUGUUGCCCCUACUAGUACUAGAAAAAGGUGAAACGUUACCAAAAUUGGCCGACCUUCUGAUAAACGAACUUUUCGUUGUCCUCGACGAAGGAGAAUCUUUCUCCACAAAGGUGGUAACUGCGCUGCGAUUCUUUCGCAACUGAACACGCCAACGGACAAUGAAUUCAUCACGGUAGGGUACAUCACAAAUGACUUAUUGCAAACAUAACUUGACAGUUUGCUAAGAGCUUGCAUCAAAAUUAGCCAAUGGGAAUUGCCCGUGGCUGGGAGAAGCGGGCAAUUCGAAUGAUUAUAUCUUUUUCAAAACACACAGUCUGUAUUUUUAGCUUCUCUCCCCAGUCUCGCUCUCCGUUUCCAACUUUUGCUUAACUGUUCGUGCGUACAGUGUACUUGAAUACGCAAAAAUACGGACUGUUUUGCAGUCUGCGCGGAUUUUAACAUGCCGUUUUCAGGCCGUUUGCUUUAGAGUCUCAGGUCGCUUUCCUGAAUAACUAAGCGAUUUUCUUUCUAGUCCGAUAACGUGAUGUUUUCCUGCAAUGUAUAUUCUGUGCCAGCCAUUUUAAAAUUCGGUAGCUUCAGGUUGUCCUUGUUGACUAACUAUGACAAAUAGCUGCAUACCUUUAAAGCCAAAAAGUCAAGCACUUAUUAAUAUUUCGGUAUGUAUUUUUGUAACGGGGAGCACGAAGGCAGACCCGAAAUUUUAAGAUGAUCAAAAUGCUUGCAAUCAUGUCUUGAGCAGAGCUUUCAAUGGUUUUAACAAACCAGACAUUUUCACCCCCAAAAACGGCAACACUUAGUUACGGUCAAUCGAUUCAGUGACGUUAGAGACUUUACUCCUUUAAAGCUAAUAUCUUGUACCUAAGUUUAUAGUUUAUUUUUGUAGAGGAGCGAGGUGUUUGGUAUUGACGUAAAGAGUUAAACUACGGAUACAAUCAAAAAUUGUGUUUACCUAGUACGUGUAUGUUCGUGCCAUUCUGCUUGCAUUCGACAUUUGCAGUUCAGUGUGUUUGAGGCUUGUUUGUUUGUUUGUUUUUGCUUCUUGUUGAAAUUUUCAGCUUAAAUUUUGAACGAUAUGCCCCAAUACUUUUCGGCUCUGUACUUUUUUUGUUGUUUAAGAGCGCAAGAACAGACGUAAAAUUUUGAAUGUUGACUUCGAAGCCAGGUCUACUGCGCAUUUUGCAGCAACUCCUUUGCAUUUUAAAUCAUUUCCUCUUUGAAGAUUUUAUCUUUCGCGUCUUUUUUCAAUAAAGGUAAUUGUAUCAAGAGCUUUGUAACUCCAAAAUUUACAUGUGUCAUAUCUUUUGUUGUCGAGCAAUUGAACUGGAAUGGCGUUUAAGACCUGAAUUUACUGAAACAACCGACGACCAAUGGUUUCUUAGUAACUAAACUUUGAGGGUAAGUCAUUUAAAGUGAAUAUUUUUUUCAUUUAUGAGAACAAUUCUUUGGCCUGAAGCUAAACCUUUGACUGAGAGAAUCCGAGUGCAUUGAGCAGUAAUUAAAACAUUUUACUGAAGAUCGAUUCCCUAACACAUUUCUUUUUAUCUUCAUUAAACCUACCCUCAGCUUUACUUUAGAUCAUAUUAGAAAUAGAAGCCUCGAGAACUCCUCGUGAGGAAUUUAUUGUCUUAAGUACCCUAUGUAAGAACCAGUCUGCGGUUCUUUAAAAAGAAGUCUGCGUAACCCGAUUUUAAUACGGAUUUAUAUUAGCACUUCUGACAAAAAUAAACCUGUAGGCCAUUAGGCGGAUGGCGAUAAUCUGUUAUUAUUGAUCGGAUGUUUCUUUAAAGCCACGGGCGACCGCCUUCAUGGCACGUUAUGUAUGAAUGUCUGUGCGCCGCGAGCUUUCUAAGGAAAUAAUCAUUAUAUAUGGGGUACAUAUCCUCUUUGGUUUGGUUUAGCCUGCCUGUGAAAGGUGACCUCAAAAAAUCAAACAGCCACCGAAUGACUUCAGGUACCAUAUUCUGUAAUUAAGUUAAUUGUGUUUUUAGAUGUGGAUUUAGAGCAAGAAUGCUUUGUGCUAAGAUCUUAAACGGAGCUUAUUCUCAUUUGUUCCACUGA